CGAGAGAGUAACACAGAGAGAGAAAACGACACAACACUCAAAGAAAAUGUACUCACGAUCAAACAGCAUGACCCUGACUGUACAGCAGGAGAGAUAUGGCUUAUCCAGGAUGGCGACCCGCAGCACGGAGCCCGAGGUAUUCACCUUCGAGCGGAUACCGACUCAGGCCACCGCCGUGCGCUCCUGCAUGCCGAUCCGACCGAAGAAGCGCUGCACCCGGGUGAUGUAUCCCGCUAAAGUCCGCAUGCACCUUCCACCACAGGAGACAUCCCAGGUCAAGCGCUGGCUGGUCAUCCUGUGUCUUGUGGUGCUGUGGCAGAUCUACACCGAGGAGCCCUGCGCCGACACGCCGCUGGGCAGCUCGGACAGCUCUGUCAGCGACUACCAGGGGUUCCCCUUACAGGGUGCGGAGGAUCAGGCCCAGCUCACAGUGUUCAGCGCCAGCUCAGAGCUCAUGUCAUCCACACCGAGCAGCUGUGAGGACGACGGCUCAUUCAGCGAGCAGAUCAUCCCGAACACAUGUCCCAAGCCCGGUCAGGAGACGGAGAGCAGCCAGUUCGAGCAGAGCGCCGGGAAGAGCUACGUGGUGGCUCUGCUGGUCUACCACAGACUGGGCAGCGACAACUAAACCUCCCUGGACUGGGUUACCUGUAAACCACCACCUGUGUGUGGAAAUAAAACACAGCAGGAGUUGAUCCUGAGCAGCUACCUCGACACGCAGCUCCAUGCGCCGGCUUCUCCCUGCCAGCAGUCCCCUUGAGAGAGGAGGAAGACACAAGUCUGGAAAAGAAACACUUGGAAGAAAGAAUGAACUGUGAACCCUGACAACAAACUUGAACUUAAAAAAACUUGAAUUUAUGUGUGUGAUUUACACACGGACUUUACUGCACUCUAACUUUAUGUUUUACAUUCUGGUUAUUGUCAUGAAAAACCAGCUGAAACUGACAAUGUCUUGUCUUAUUUAGUUAUUUAUUCUAUUUGCUAUUUAUUGAUUGAUAAUUUAAAUAAAAAAAUGUCGAAAAGAA